AUGAAGUUUUCAAAGCAGGCAGUUGCUCCAUUCUUUUUCACCAUUUUACUUUGCUUAGGCAGUGUUUCCGCUUUAACUCUUGCCAUUGAGCCUCACAAAAAGGAAUGCUUCUUUGAGUACAUGAAUCUUGAUGAUUCAAUGUCUAUCACUUAUCAAGUUGCUCACGGAGGAGACUAUGAUAUUGACUUUUGGUUGACAAGUCCUCAAGACACGAUCAUGGCAACAGAUUCUCAUCAUGACCAAGGUGCUUAUACUAUAACCGCCAAGGAAACUGGGAAAUAUACCUUUUGUUUCUCUAAUGAGAAAACAUCUCAAUCCACCAAGGUGAUCAGUUUUAACACGCGUGUUCACGAAAAGGGUACUGCAGUUCAAACCGAUCCUUUGAAACAUGAAAUAGAAGAAUUGGCAGAUAGUAUCUUUGCUAUUAAAUCAGCUCAAGAAUACAUUGUAGCCAGAGAACGUAGACACAGAGACACUGUUGAAAGUACGAAUGCUCGUGUCAAGUGGUGGUCUAUUACCCAAUUGGGUCUAUUGAUUACAGUCUGUUUCCUUCAAAUUCAUUAUCUCAAGCACUUCUUUCAAACCAAACGAACUGUUUAA